GGCGGGAAAGUCUAAAGCGAGUGGCGGCCACGGCUUCUCGGCGGGAAGUGAUUUAAGUACAGAAGACUUUGUUCAAAAUGGAGUUCAAAAGAAAACUAUCAAAAUCUGAGGAUAAAGAAAUCCAUACAGAAGAUGCCUUCAGAAGCAAGAAGCAACCAAUUUCCAAAAAGGCAAAGAAUUCUCAUAUUCCUAAUGAAAUUGAAGAAAACGACAGUGUCUUUAAAAGGCUUGUUAAGACAUCAGGACUUAUCCUUAAAACUGGAGAGAAUCAAAAUCAAUUGGGUGUGGAUCAAAUAGUUUUCCAAAAGAAGCUCAUUCAGACCCUGAGGAUACAUCCUUCUUACCCCAAAGUAAUAGAAGAAUUUGUUACUGGCUUGGAGUCUUACAUUGAGGACUGUGAUAGCUUUCGGAAUUGCCUUUUGUCUUGUGAACGCCUGCAGGAUGAGGAAGCCAGCACAAGUAUAUCAUACUCUAAGAGCCUCAUCAAACUACUCUUGGGGAUUGACAUAUUACAGCCUGCCAUUAUCACAGUGUUAUUUGAAAAGUUACCACAAUUUCUUUUUGAAAACACAAACAAUGAUGGAAUUGACAUGUCUCGACUCAUUAUCAAUCAGCUAAAAUGGCUUGAUAGAAUUGUGGAUACCAAGGACCUCACCACUAAGAUCAUGCAGCUGAUCAGUGUUGCUCCAGUGAACCUGCAGCAUGACUUCAUCAUCAGCCUUCCUGAGAUCCUAGGGGAUUGUCAGCAUGCCGAAGUGGGGAAAGAACUGAGUGAACUAUUGAUGGAGAAUACUUCACUUACUGCUCCAAUCUUAGAUGUCUUUUCCAGUCUUCGACUUGAUGUGAACUUCCUCUCUAAGAUUCUCCAGUUGGUGAUGGAUAAGCUGUCAUCAGUCAGAUUGGAUGACUUACCUGUGAUAAUCAAGUUCAUUUUUCAUUCUAUAACAGCCUCCAAUGCACUUAAGGUAAUUUCUGAGCUUCGGGAGAAACUGAAUGUCCAGAAUUUUGUUUUGCCGUCAAGAGUUCAUGCUUCCCAAACCAAGUUGAAAAGUAAAGGAUUGGCAAGUUCUUCAGGAAAUCAAGAAAACAAUGAUAAAGACUGUGUUAUUCUCCUGUUUGAUGUGAUAAAAUCAGCUAUUAGAUAUGAGAAAACCAUUUCAGAAGCCUGGAUUAAGGCAAUUGAAAGCAUUGAUUCAGUGGCUGCACAUAAGACUUUGGACGUAGUGAUGCUUUUCAUCAUCUAUAACAACAACACUCAGACUAAGAAGAACAUUGAGAGACUGCUAAGAAGUAAGAUUCAGUCAGGCUGCAUUCAAGAGCAGCUGCUUGAUAGUACAUUCUCUUCUCAUUACUUGGUUCUUAAGGACAUUUGUCCAUCCAUCCUGUUGAUGGCUCAGAGUUUGUUUCACUCCCAAGACCAGAGAAUAAUUUCAUUUGGCAGUCUCCUGUAUAAAUAUGCUUUUAAGUUUUUUGACACUUAUAGCCAGCAGGAAGUAGUUGGUGCCCUUGUGACCCAUGUUUGUAGUGGAAAUGAAGCUGAAGUUGAUACUGCAUUGGAUGUCUUCCUCGAGUUGAUAGUACUAAACCCAUCUGCUAUGAGGCUGAAUGCUGUUUUUGUUAAGGGCCUUUUAGAUUAUCUGGAGAAUAUGUCCCCUCAGCAAAUACGAAAGCUUUUCUAUAUUCUCAGCAAAAUGGCAUUUAGCAGACAGCAUGAAACCAGCAAUCACAUUCAGGAUGACAUGUACCUGGUGAUACGAAAACAGCUCUCUAGCACCACUUCCAAGUUCAAACUUAUUGGAAUUAUUGGUGCAGUCACCAUGGCUGGCAUCAUGGCAGAAGACAGAACUGAUUCUUCUAAUUUGACCCAAGGGAGAGCUGACCUGAGCAACGAACUUUGUACACAGGUGACUUCCUUGCUACAGCUGGUUCAUUCCUGCAGUGAGCAGUCUCCCUAUGCCUCUGCACUUUAUUAUGAUGAAUUUGCAAACCUGAUCCAGCAAAGAAAGCUGGCUUCAAAAACCUUGGAAUGGGUUGGACAGACCAUCUUUAAUGAUUUCCAAGAUGCCUUUGUGGUAGACUGCUGUGUUAUUCCUAAAAUUGAUUUUGUGCUUUCUAUAAAAGCUCUCUAUGGACUUGAAGAAUACAAUACUCAUGAUGGGAUUGCCAUCAACCUCCUGCCGCUAUUUUCUCAGGAAUUCGCAAAAGAUGGGAAUCAGAUGACUUCACAGGAAUCAAAACAAAAAUCCAUGUCUCCAUUGUGCUUGGCUUCCCAUUUCCGGUUACUGAGACUUUUUGUAGCAAGACAACAUAAUGGAAACCUGGAAGAGAUUGAUGGUCUCUUAGAUUGUCCUAUAUUCCUUACUGACCUGGAACCUUUAGAGAAGCUGGAGUCCAUGUCAGCUAAAGAGCGUUCUUUCAUGUGUUCACUCAUAUUUUUUACUCUCAACUGGUUUCGAGAGGUUGUGAGUGCCUUCUGCCAGCAAACGUCACCUGAGAUGAAAGGGAAGGUUCUCACACGAUUAAAAAAUAUAGUAGAACUUCAGGAAAUCCUCAAGAAGUACUUAGCAGUCACCCCAGACUAUAUUCCUCCUCUUGCAAACUUUGACUUGGAAAAUUUAGAUGUAAUACCUCAUAGCACUUCUGCUUCAGCAAAAAAUAGAAGCAAAGGAAAAAUAGGUGGAUGGAAACGGAAAGCAGAUGGCAACAAAGUAUCCUCCCCUGACACACAUUCUACCGAGGAAAACACAGAAUGUGACACUGUGUCAUCUGGUAGAAGCCAUCAAGACAAGGAGUUCACCGGGAAGGAAGGGAAGACAUUAGUGUCCCUGCAGAAGUAUCAUGCAUUUUUCCGAGAGCUGGACAUUGAGGUCUUCUCUAUUUUACAUUGUGGACUGGUUACCAAGUUCAUCUUAGAUACUGAAAUGCACACUAAAGCUACAGAAGUUGUGCAACUUGGGCCUUCCGAGCUGCUUUUCCUACUGGACGAUCUCUCCCAGAAGUUAGAGAAUAUCCUGAUGCCUUCUUUUGCCAAGAGAAUCCCCUUCCUCAAGAAUAAAGGAAGCCGGAACAUUGGAUUUUCACAUCUUCAUCAGAGAUCUGCCCAAGAAGUUGUUGAUUGUGUUGUUCAGUUACUGGUCCCAAUGUGUAACCACCUGGAGAAUAUUCACAAUUACUUUCAGUGCUUCCUCGCAGAGGAUCAUGGUGUAGAUGACAGACCAGGAGUGGAAGCUCAAGAGCACCACAUCAUGUCGUCCUGUUACCAAAGGCUACUGCAGAUUUUUCACUCACUUUUUGCUUGGAAAGGAUUUGUUCAUCGUGCAAACCAUCAUCUUCUACAUUCAGCCCUGGGCGUCCUUGCCGGCCGACUGAGGCAAAUGGAACAGGAACAGCCUUUGGAGGAACUACUCAGCCAGAGCUUCAAUUAUUUGCAAAAUUUCCAGCACAGCAUUCCCAGUUUCCAGUGUGGUCUUUAUCUCCUCAGACUUAUGAUGGCCCUUUUGGAGAAAUCUACAGCUCCUACUCAGAAGAAAGAAAAACUCGCUUCCCUGGCCAAACAGUUCCUCUGUCGGUUGUGGCCUCAUGGAGACAGAGAGAAGAACACCGUUUUUAAUGACCACCUCCAUGAUUUGCUGUGCAUCUAUCUGCAGCACACAGGCAACGUUCUGAAGGCCAUAGAGGAGAUUGCUGGCAUUGGUAUCCCAGAAUUGAUCAACUCUACAAAGGAUGCAUCAUCUUCCACCUUCCCCACAUUGACCAGGCACACCUUUGUCGUUUUUUUCCGUGUGAUGAUGGCUGAACUCGAGAAGACAGUGAAAGGUCUCCAGGCUGGAACAGCAACAGACUCGCAGCAGAUUCAUGAAGAGAAGCUCCUAUAUUGGAACAUGGCUGUUCGAGACUUCAGUAUUCUCAUCAAUCUCAUGAAAGUGUUUGAUAUUUACCCCAUUCUGCAUGUGUGUUUGAAGUAUGGACGUCACUUUGUGGAAGCAUUUCUGAAGCAGUGUAUGCCGCUCCUGGACUUCAGUUUUAGAAAACACCGGGAAGAUGUUCUGAGCAUACUAGAAACCCUCCAGUUGAACACAAGGAUGCUUCAUCACCUAUGUGGUCAUUCCAAGAUUCACCAGGAUAUAAGACUCACCAAACAUGUGCCUUUGCUCAAAAAGUCACUGGAGCUGUUAGUUUGCAGAGUCAAAGCCAUGCUUGUCCUCAACAAUUGUAGAGAGGCUUUCUGGCUGGGUAAUCUCAAAAACCGGGAUUUGCAGGGUGAAGAAAUUAUGUCCCAGAAUUCCCAGGAGAGCACUACAGAGGAGAGUGAGGAUGGCACUGGUAUGACAUCCCAAGCCUCUGGGAGCAAAGCAACAGAGGAUGGUAAAGAUGAAGCCAAUGAUGAAGAAGAGGAUGAAGAUAGUGAUGAAAGUGAUAACUCUGAUUAGAUCCCAGAGACACUGUCACCCUCUUGUCUCUGGCAACCUCUUACCAUUGUGUUCAAAGUUUGAAGUCUGUUGUCUGCCUGUUUUGUCCUUCAAAUAUUGCUAAUUGGCCUGUGGAUUUCUCAGAUUGUCUGACACCAUCAGGAUUUCAGUGUGACAUAAUUUGUUGGUUUGACUGGAUCGUGAGUCUGGACUUUGGGAGCUAGUUUUGAACCUCCAGUUUAUUCUAGAAUUUAGGCUUAAGCUUUACAAAUACAUUCUUUUCUAAAUUUUG